GAUUGAUGAACACCAUCCUCCCCACGUAUGCAUGCACACACGCACAGAAAUGUGUAUAUAUGCACAUGAUAAAGUUAAUUUCCACAAAAUGCUUCUUAAGUAUUCCUUCAAAGAUAAUGUCAUACAGUUUGAAGAAGACAGUAGACGUCAGUAUCAUCAUCAUCAUCAUAAUCACCAUUAUCAUCAUCAUCAUCACAGGUACAUAAAAUACUACUUAGAUACUACUUAAAUACACAACCUUCGUCGGAAUUGACAUUGUAAACAAACAACGCCUAACUGAAACCAUUGAAUAAUUCAUUGCACGGAUAUUUAUCAUCUACACAUAUAUAAUUCUUAAUUUUGUCAAAAAAUAUUUUUAAAUUUACAGAAUUAAUCCUUUUUUAUUGAUAGAAAUAAAAAAAUACACUGAAUGAGACAAAAUGCAAUCCCUUUCAUUUAAAAAUUCAAACAAUGUUUAUUCUAUAUUGAAUCAUUGAACAAUUGAACAUUGAAUCUAAUUGAAUCCUUCAUUUCUUCUAGAUACAAGAAAAAAAAUGCUCAACAGUAUUGUGGAGGUGAACAAAUUAAUGAUACUGACUGAAUUCUUCUUAUUAAUUACAAUUAUUUCACUGCAUCAAGUUUAUCCACAGUAUGCUGACAGACUGCCGGAUCGUAUAGGCAAUAGGAUGAAAUUUCCGCGAAAUUAUUAUUUAACCAAAAAAGCUUACUUAGCGAGUGGUUUAUCAAUGGCUUCGCCAUUUAAUGAAAAAACAGUCAAUGAUGCGAUGACAUCGUCAGACUUUUCAUCGUCACCGCCAUUUUUUCAAAAAGAGAAAGAGGCUCAAAGAUCAGCGGUAAAUUUUCAUGAUAAAUAUUACUAUGAUGAUGCAUCAGUAGUAUCGUCCCAAGGAUCCUCUUCGGCAUCAUCGUCGGUAAUGUUACCUGUGCUGAAAGACAGCGCUAACAGUGUUCUUUUAAACAAAAAGAAAAUGAAUCAAGAUGGCGGAAUAGAUUUCCGUCAACGCAAAGAAGAUCAAUAUAAGGAACAGAUUCAAAAGCCUUUGCAUUCAUUGGCACAAUAUUCUGCUAAAAUGAGGCCAUUGUCACUGCCUCCAUCAUUCGCCUCUUUCACAUCAUCACCUCCUGUGAUUAAAGAUACAGUGAAUCGAACGCUAGUGGAUUAUCCACGUCAAAAUAGACGUCAACGUCAGCAGAAACAGAAGCAGCAGCAGCAACAGCAACAACACAAACAAGAACAAGAAGAGGAGAAAGUGACGCAUCAGACGAAUAUGAAUAAUCCUUUAUUAGUGUCGAAAAAUGUCAGUGUAAGUGGGAGUUAUAGUGGAGAGAAAAAUUCUCAAAUUAAAGGACGCUGGUGGUUAGAUACAAUUGCAAAGCUAUUACAUUCACACCCACUAACUUUAUCGGGAAAUUCACGUACAUUACAAAAUCCAAUCAUUGAAAUAUAUAAUGAAGGUGAUAAGCCACCUUCAUUCACAAUGGAUAACAAUAUUAUCCCUCCGUGGAAUAAUAUACCUGAAAUAAAUUAUCAGAAUGAAAGACAAGUUCUAGCCUAUAUGAAUCGUGAAAUGUAUAACAAUCCAUCAGUGUAUGGAUGGAGAAGACAAAGUUACGAUCCUAUUGCACAGAGUACAGCAUGGAUAGAACAUCAUGUUCGACAGCGAAUACAACGUUAUAAACAAUGGCUUUCACCAAAACAAUGGAAACAAUUUUUAACACACGAUACUCCUACUUCUACAAUUAUCAAUAACAGAGACAGUAGAAUUAAUUCUCCGGCAAAAUUUAACUUAGCUUUAUUCGAGGCUGCUGUCGUCGGUGUACGACGUGCUGUCGCUGAGUGUCGUUAUCAAUUUAGACAUGAAAGAUGGAAUUGUAGCCAGGUACCUGAUGAUGAAACAGCUCUGUUUGGAAAUAUUUUACUGAAAGGUAUACCACAGACUGCAUUUGUCUAUUCAAUUAUCAAUGCUGGAAUAGUCCAGUCAGUAGCUGAAGCUUGCUUAAAUCAAAUUGAUAAUUGUCCAUGCAAUAAUCGUGGUCGACAAGAACCAUAUUCCGACUGGCAGUGGCAAGGAUGUGAUCAUAAUAUACAUUAUGGACGACGAUUUUCACGACGUCUAUUGGAUACCAUGGAACGUGGAUCACAUAUAAGAUUUGAAAUGAAUUUACAUAAUAAUGGUGUUGGUAGACAGUUAGUAAUUAAAAAUAUGGAACGUUAUUGUCGUUGUCAUGGAACAAGUGGAUCGUGUACUUUAAGAACAUGUUAUAGACGAACACCAAGAAUGCGAACACUUGGCAACUUAUUGAAGCAUAUUUAUGAAAAUGAUUUAGUUCAAGUUAAACUAAACUCUAACAGACUACGAAGGAUUCGUAAUUCCGAUCUAGAUGAGCAAGAGAAAUAUCUCUCAGUAUCAAAUAAUAUUCGACCAUCGUAUUCAGAUAAAGCUAUUAAAUUUACACCGUAUAAAAAUAAUUUCAAUCAAAAAUUGUCAACAAUAAACAGCAACUAUUAUGCUCAAAAAAAUAAUAAUAUGAGAAAAGUUUCUAAAAAGUCAAACUUAAUCAUUGUACCUCAACUGUCAACGUCAAUGAAACCCUAUGGAAAGGCGGAUAAUUUCACCACCAGCCAAUCACCACAUUCAUCACAGCUGGUUUAUUAUGAAUCCGUUAACCAAAAGUUAUUUUGUGAUUCACAUCCAUCUUACCACAUACUCGGCACUAAAGGUCGUCUGUGUAAUUCCUCAUCGACAGGUUUAAACAAUUGUCGUCAGUUGUGCUGUGGUCGUGGUUUCAUUACACAUCAUUAUUAUACAAUGGAAUCGUGCAAUUGUAAGUUUAUCUGGUGUUGUCGAGUGGAAUGCCAACAGUGUUUAGUAUUGAAAAAGGUGGAAACGUGUAUUUAACUGAGCUUAACCAGUCAGUUUUCUUUAAUAAUCACAUCGAUUUCUCUCUCCCUCACUCAAAAUAUCUUUGUUUACACACUUCAAACUACUAAACAAAAUUUAAGUAGUAGUAUACUGUAUCGAAGAAAAUAUACUUUUAUACUUCAAGACUUAUACACAAAUUCUACCUCGAGCAUUCAACAUUGUUCAAUAUUCAAUAGCCAUUUGUUUAAAACAAAACACACUGAUCAUAAAUGAUAAAUAAUUGUAGAUUCUUUUGAUAAUUCUCCUUAUUAUGUACACAUGUCUAGCCUUACUCACCUGUUUAUUUGUUUUAAAAUUUAUAAUAAUAAUACUAAUAUUAAUAUCAUUUAACAAUGUAUUUGUAAAGUUACCUUAAAGUUGCUAGCCAGUGACUGCACAGAACUGACAAUAUUAACACUCUGAAUUAAUUUAAUAUGAAUUAUGAAUUUUUGUAUUAAGCACCAUGAUUUAUCUCAUUAUAACUGUUAAAAGCAUUUUAAUAAUGCGAAAAUCAAUAUAUGCAC